AAUCUUUGAAUGAUUGUGUCCAGGAUGUGAUCAGUUUCAAAGCGUCCAUUGUUGGCAGCGUUGAGAAUUUGUUGUUACACCUGAGCCAUGCCAUGGACGCGAGUAAUGCUGGUAGUGAGGCUAUGCUCACUUGGAGCUGGCGCUUCUUCCAGUCCUCGUAUGUGGCACAUGAAAGCCAUGAACACACGCGCCGAUUUCUGAUGAUCAACCCCGAAACACUAGCUGAGUUUCAAAAUGUGGUUUCGAAAGAGAGCUUCCGGCAUAGAGUCACUGCAGGUAACUUUAUAACUUACUUAGAUUCCAGACAGAGCUUUACAUACAAUGUUUUCGGUUUUCACUCUGUCAUAUCACAGAAGGUAGCUUUCUACUGA